AUCUACAACAAUGGACCCAUCAACGUGGACGGCGUCAGAUAUGACCUCUGCGAUGACAACGGAUGAAUUAACAACCAGCACCCAGGAGGAAACAACCAGCAUUGGAACUCCAACCACUGCCACGGCAGCAACAACAGCUACUGAGUCCACACCCACCACUAUAGCAACCAGUAGUGAAAUUGCAACCACUGCCACAACAGCAACAACAACUGCAGAGUCCACACCCACCACUAUAGCAACCAGUAGUGAAACUCCAACCACUGCCACAACAGAAACAACAGCUGAAGAGUCUACAGCCACCACUAUAGUAACCAGUAGUGAAACUCCAACCACUGCCACGACAGAAACAACAGCUACUGAGUCCACAACCACCACUAUAGCAACCAGUAGUGAAACUCCAACCACUGCCACGACAGCAACAACAGCUACUGAGUCUACAGCCACCACUAUAGCAACCAGUAGUGAAACUCCAACCACUGCCACGACAGAAACAACAGCUACUGAGUCCACAACCACCACUAUAGCAACCAGUAGUGAAACUCCAACCACUGCCACAACACCAACAACUGCAGAGUCUACAGCCACCACUUUAGCAACCAGUAGUGAAACUCCAACCACUGCCACAACAGAAACAACAGCUGCUGAGUCCACACCCACCACUAUAGCAACCAGUAGUGAAACUCCAACCACUGCCACAACAGCAACAACUGCAGAGUCUACAGCCACCACUUUAGCAACCAGUAGUGAAACUCCAACCACUGCCACGACAGAAACAACAGCUACUGAGUCUACAGCCACCACUAUAGCAACCAGUAGUGAAACUCCAACCACUGCCACAACAGAAACAACAGCUACUGAGUCCACAACCACCACUAUAGCAACCAGUAGUGAAACUCCAACCACUGCCACGACCGCAACAACUGCAGAGUCUACAGCCACCACUAUAGCAACCAGUAGUGAAACUCCAACCACUGCCACGACAGAAACAACAACUGCAGAGUCUACAGCCACCACUAUAGCAACCAGUAGUGAAACUCUAACCACUGCCACAACAGCAACGACAGCUACUGAGUCCUCAACUGCCACUAUAGCAACCAGUAGUGAAACUCCAACCACUGCCACAACAGCAACAACUGCAGAGUCUACAGCCACCACUUUAGCAACCAGUAGUGAAACUCCAACCACUGCCACGACAGCAACAACAGCUACUGAUUCCACAACCACCACUAUAGCAACCAGUAGUGAAAGUCCAACCACUGCCACGACAGCAACAACAGCUGCUGAGUCCACAACCACCACUAUAGCAACCAGUAGUGAAACUCCAACCACUGCCACAACAGCAACAACAACUGCAGAGUCUACAGCCACCACUAUAGCAACCAGUAGUGAAACUCCAACCACUGCCACAACAGAAACAACAGCUACUGAGUCCACAACCACCACUAUAGCAACCAGUAGUGAAACUCCAACCACUGCCACAACAGCAACGACAACUGCAGAGUCUACAGCUACCACUAUAGCAACCAGUAGUGAAACUCCAACCACUGCCAUAACAGCAACAACAGCUGCUGAGUCCACACCCACCACUAUAGCAACCAGUAGUGAAACUCCAACCACUGCCACAACAGCAACAACAACUGCAGAGUCCACACCCACCACUAUAGCAACCAGUAGUGAAACUCCAACCACUGCCAUAACAGCAACAACAGCUGCUGAGUCCACACCCACCACUAUAGCAACCAGUAGUGAAACUCCAACCACUGCCACAACAGCAACAACAACUGCAGAGUCCACACUCACCACUAUAGCAACCAGUAGUGAAACUCCAACCACUGCCACAACAGAAACAACAGCUACUGAGUCCUCAACCGCCACUAUAGCAACCAGUAGUGAAACUCCAACCACUGCCACAACAGCAACAACUGCAGAGUCUACAGUCACCAAUUUAGCAACCAGUAGUGAAACUCCAACCACUGCCACAACAGCAACAACUGCAGAGUCUACAGUCACCAAUUUAGCAACCAGUAGUGAAACUCCAACCACUGCCACAACAGCAACAACUGCAGAGUCUACAGUCACCAAUUUAGCAACCAGUAGUGAAACUCCAACCACUGCCACAACAGAAACAACAGCUACUGAGUCCACAACCACCACUAUAGCAACCAGUAGUGAAACUCCAACCACUGCCACAACAGAAACAACAGCUACUGAGUCCACAACCACCACUAUAGCAACCAGUAGUGAAACUCCAACCACUGCCACAACAGAAACAACAGCUUCUGAGUCUACAGCCACCACUAUAGCAACCAGUAGUGAAACUCCAACCACUGCCACAACAGAAACAACAGCUACUGAGUCCACAACCACCACUAUAGCAACCAGUAGUGAAACUCCAACCACUGCCACGACAGCAACAACAGCUGCUGAGUCCACAACCACCACUAUAGCAACCAGUAGUGAAACUCCAACCACUGCCACGACAGAAACAACAGCUACUGAGUCUACAGCCACCACUAUAGCAACCAGUAGUGAAACUCCAACCACUGCCACAACAGAAACAACAGCUACUGAGUCCACAACCACCACUAUAGCAACCAGUAGUGAAACUCCAACCACUGCCACGACCGCAACAACUGCAGAGUCUACAGCCACCACUAUAGCAACCAGUAGUGAAACUCCAACCACUGCCACGACAGAAACAACAACUGCAGAGUCUACAGCCACCACUAUAGCAACCAGUAGUGAAACUCUAACCACUGCCACAACAGCAACAACAGCUACUGAGUCCUCAACUGCCACUAUAGCAACCAGUAGUGAAACUCCAACCACUGCCACAACAGCAACAACUGCAGAGUCUACAGCCACCACUUUAGCAACCAGUAGUGAAACUCCAACCACUGCCACGGCAGCAACAACAGCUACUGAUUCCACAACCACCACUAUAGCAACCAAUAGUGAAACUCCAACCACUGCCACAACAGCAACAACUGCAGAGUCUACAGCCACCACUUUAGCAACCAGUAGUGAAACUCCAACCACUGCCACGACAGCAACAACAGCUACUGAUUCCACAACCACCACUAUAGCAACCAGUAGUGAAACUCCAACCACUGCCACAACAGAAACAACAGCUUCUGAGUCUACAGCCACCACUAUAGCAACCAGUAGUGAAACUCCAACCACUGCCACAACAGAAACAACAGCUACUGAGUCCACAACCACCACUAUAGCAACCAGUAGUGAAAGUCCAACCACUGCCACGACAGCAACAACAGCUGCUGAGUCCACAACCACCACUAUAGCAACCAGUAGUGAAACUCCAACCACUGCCACGACAGAAACAACAGCUACUGAGUCUACAGCCACCACUAUAGCAACCAGUAGUGAAAUUGCAACCACUGCCACAACAGAAACAACAGCUGAAGAGUCUACAGCCACCACUAUAGUAACCAGUAGUGAAACUCCAACCACUGCCACGACAGAAACAACAGCUACUGAGUCCACAACCACCACUAUAGCAACCAGUAGUGAAACUCCAACCACUGCCACGACAGCAACAACAGCUACUGAGUCUACAGCCACCACUAUAGCAACCACUAGUGAAACUCCAACCACUGCCACGACAGAAACAACAGCUACUGAGUCCACAACCACCACUAUAGCAACCAGUAGUGAAACUCCAACCACUGCCACAACACCAACAACUGCAGAGUCUACAGCCACCACUUUAGCAACCAGUAGUGAAACUCCAACCACUGCCACAACAGAAACAACAGCUGCUGAGUCCACACCCACCACUAUAGCAACCAGUAGUGAAACUCCAACCACUGCCACAACAGCAACAACUGCAGAGUCUACAGCCACCACUUUAGCAACCAGUAGUGAAACUCCAACCACUGCCACAACAGAAACAACAGCUACUGAGUCCACAACAACCACUAUAGCAACCAGUAGUGAAACUCCAACCACUGCCACGACAGAAACAACAGCUACUGAGUCUACAGCCACCACUAUAGCAACCAGUAGUGAAAUUCCAACCACUUCCACGACAGAAACAACAGCUACUGAGUCCACACCCACCACUAUAGCAACCAGUAGUGAAACUCCAACCACUGCCACAACAGCAACAACAGCUGCUGAGUCCACACCCACCACUAUAGCAACCAGUAGUGAAACUCCAACCACUGCCACAACAGCAACAACAGCUGCUGAGUCCACACCCACCACUAUAGCAACCAGUAGUGAAACUCCAACCACUGCCACGACCGCAACAACUGCAGAGUCUACAGCCACCACUAUAGCAACCAGUAGUGAAACUCCAACCACUGUCACAACAGCAACAACUGCAGAGUCUACAGCCACCACUUUAGCAACCAGUAGUGAAACUCCAACCACUGCCACGGCAGCAACAACAGCUACUGAUUCCACAACCACCACUAUAGAAACCAGUAGUGAAACUCCAACCACUGCCACGACAGAAACAACAGCUACUGAGUCUACAGCCACCACUACAGCAACCAGUAGUGAAACUCCAACCACUGCCACAACAGAAACAACAGCUACUGAGUCCUCAACCGCCACUAUACCAACCAGUAGUGAAACUCCAACCACUGCCACAACAGCAACAACAACUGCAGAGUCUACAGCCACCACUAUAGCAACCAGUAGUGAAACUCCAACCACUGCCACGGCAGCAACAACAGCUACUGAUUCCACAACCACCACUAUAGCAACCAGUAGUGAAACUCCAACCACUGCCACAACAGCAACAACAACUGCAGAGUCUACAGCCACCACAAUAGCAACCAGUAGUGAAACUCCAACCACUGCCCAGACAGAAACAACAACUACUGAGUCCACACCCACCACUAUAGCAACCAGUAGUGAAACUCUAACCACUGCCACAACAGCAACAACAACUGCAGAGUCUACAGCCACCACUAUAGCAACCAGUAGUGAAACUCCUGCCACAACAGCAACAACAGCUGCUGAGUCCACACCCACCACUAUAGCAACCAGUAGUGAAACUCCAACCACUGUCACAACAGAAACAACAGCUACUGAGUCCUCAACCGCCACUAUAGCAACCAGUAGUGAAACUCCAACCACUGCCACAACAGUAACAACUGCAGAGUCUACAGCCACCACUUUAGCAACCAGUAGUGAAACUCCAACCACUGCCAUGGCAGCAACAACAGCUACUGAUUCCACAACCACCACUAUAGCAACCAGUAGUGAAACUCCAACCACUGCCACAACAGAAACAACAGCUACUGAGUCCACAACCACCACUAUAGCAACCAGUAGUGAAACUCCAACCACUGCCACGACCGCAACAACUGCAGAGUCUACACCCACCACUAUAGCAACCAGUAGUGAAACUCCAACCACUGCCACAACAGUAACAACUGCAGAGUCUACAGCCACCACUUUAGCAACCAGUAGUGAAACUCCAACCACUGCCACGGCAGCAACAACAGCUACUGAUUCCACAACCACCACUAUAGCAACCAGUAGUGAAACUCCAACCACUGCCACGGCAGCAACAACAGCUACUGAUUCCACAACCACCACUAUAGCAACCAGUAGUGAAACUCCAACCACUGCCACAACAGCAACAACAACUGCAGAGUCUACAGCCACCACUAUAGCAACCAGUAGUGAAACUCCAACCACUGCCACGACAGAAACAACAGCUACUGAGUCUACAGCCACCACUAUAGCAACCAGUAGUGAAACUCCAACCACUGCCACAACAGAAACAACAGCUACUGAGUCCACAACCACCACUAUAGCAACCAGUAGUGAAACUCCAACCACUGCCACAACAGAAACAACAGCUACUGAGUCCUCAACCGCCACUAUAGCAACCAGUAGUGAAACUCCAACCACUGCCACGACAGAAACAACAGCUACUGAGUCUACAGCCACCACUAUAGCAACCAGUAGUGAAACUCCAACCACUGCCACAACAGAAACACCAGCUACUGAGUCCACAACCACCACUAUAGCAACCAGUAGUGAAACUCCAACCACUGCCACGACAGAAACAACAGCUACUGAGUCUACAGCCACCACUAUAGCAACCAGUAGUGAAACUCCAACCACUGCCACGACAGAAACAACAGCUACUGAGUCCACACCCACCACUAUAGCAACCAGUAGUGAAACUCCAACCACUGCCACAACAGAAACAACAGCUACUGAGUCCUCAACCGCCACUAUAGCAACCAGUAGUGAAACUCCAACCACUGCCACAACAGCAACAACUGCAGAGUCUACAGCCACCACUUUAGCAACCAGUAGUGAAACUCCAACCACUGCCACGGCAGCAACAACAGCUACUGAGUCCACAACCACCACUAUAGCAACCAGUAGUGAAACUCCAACCACUGCCACGGCAGCAACAACAGCUACUGAGUCCACACCCACCACUAUAGCAACCAGUAGUGAAACUCCAACCACUGCCACAACAGAAACAACAGCUACUGAGUCUACAGCCACCACUAUAGCAACCAGUAGUGAAACUCCAACCACUGCCACAACAGCAACAACAACUGCAGAGUCUACAGCCACCACUAUAGCAACCAGUAGUGAAACUCCAAACACUGCCACAACAGCAACAACUGCAGAGUCUACAGCCACCACUUUAGCAACCAGUAGUGAAACUCCAACCACUGCCACGACAGAAACAACAGCUACUGAGUCUACAGCCACCACUAUAGCAACCAGUAGUGAAACUCCAACCACAGCCACAACAGAAACAACAGCUACUGAGUCCACAACCACCACUAUAGCAACCAGUAGUGAAACUCCAACCACUGCCACAACAGAAACAACAGCUACUGAGUCCACAACCACCACUAUAGCAACCAGUAGUGAAACUCCAACCACUGCCACGACCGCAACAACUGCAGAGUCUACAGCCACCACUAUAGCAACCAGUAGUGAAACUCCUGCCACAACAGCAACAACAGCUGCUGAGUCCACACCCACCACUAUAGCAACCAGUAGUGAAACUCUAACCACUGCCACAACAGCAACAACAACUGCAGAGUCUACAGCCACCACUAUAGCAACCAGUAGUGAAACUCCUGCCACAACAGCAACAACAGCUGCUGAGUCCACACCCACCACUAUAGCAACCAGUAGUGAAACUCCAACCACUGCCACAACAGAAACAACAGCUACUCAGUCCUCAACUGCCACUAUAGCAACCAGUAGUGAAACUCCAACCACUGCCACAACAGCAACAACUGCAGAGUCUACAGCCACCACUUUAGCAACCAGUAGUGAAACUCCAACCACUGCCACGGCAGCAACAACAGCUACUGAUUCCACAACCACCACUAUAGCAACCAGUAGUGAAACUCCAACCACUGCCACGACAGAAACAACAGCUACUGAGUCUACAGCCACCACUAUAGCAACCAGUAGUGAAACUCCAACCACUGCCACAACAGCAACAACAGCUGCUGAGUCCACACCCACCACUAUAGCAACCAGUAGUGAAACUCCAACCACUGCCACAACAGCAACAACUGCAGAGUCUACAGCCACCACUUUAGCAACCAGUAGUGAAACUCCAACCACUGCCACGACCGCAACAACUGCAGAGUCUACACCCACCACUAUAGCAACCAGUAGUGAAACUCCAACCACUGCCACGACAGAAACAACAGCUACUGAGUCCACAACCACCACUAUAGCAACCAGUAGUGAAACUCCAACCACUGCCACAAAAGAAACAACAGCUUCUGAGUCUACAGCCACCACUAUAGCAACCAGUAGUGAAACUCCAACCACUGCCACGACCGCAACAACUGCAGAGUCUACAGCCACCACUAUAGCAACCAGUAGUGAAACUCCAACCACUGCCACAACAGCAACAACAACUGCAGAGUCUACAGCCACCACUAUAGCAACCAGUAGUGAAACUCCAACCACUGCCACAACAGCAACAACAGCAGAGUCUACAGCUACCACUAUAGCAACCAGUAGUGAAACUCCAACCACUGCCACGACAGAAACAACAGCUACUGAGUCUACAGCCACCACUAUAGCAACCAGUAGUGAAACUCCAACCACUGCCACAACAGAAACAACAACUACUGAGUCCACAACCACCACUAUAGCAACCAGUAGUGAAACUCCAACCACUGCCACAACAGAAACAACAGCUACUGAGUCCACAACCACCACUAUAGCAACCAGUAGUAAAACUCCAACCACUGCCACGACCGCAACAACUGCAGAGUCUACAGCCACCACUAUAGCAACCAGUAGUGAAACUCCAACCACUGCCCCGACACAAACAACAGCUACUGAGUCUACAGCCACCACUAUAGCAACCAGUAGUGAAACUCCAACCACUGCCACAACAGCAACAACAACUGCAGAGUCUACAGCCACCACUAUAGCAACCAGUAGUGAAACUCCAACCACUGCCACAACAGCAACAACAGCUGCUGAGUCCACACCCACCACUAUAGCAACCAGUAGUGAAACUCCAACCACUGCCACAACAGAAACAACAGCUACUGAGUCCUCAACCACCACUAUAGCAACCAGUAGUGAAACUCCAACCACUUCCACAACAGCAUCAACUGCAGAGUCUACAGCCACCACUUUAGCAACCAGUAGUGAAACUCCAACCACUGCCACGACAGAAACAACAGCUACUGAUUCCACAACCACCACUAUAGCAACCAGUAGUGAAAGUCCAACCACUGCCACGACAGCAACAACAGCUGCUGAGUCCACAACCACCACUAUAGCAACCAGUAGUGAAACUCCAACCACUGCCACGGCAGCAACAACAGCUACUGAGUCCACACCCACCACUAUAGUAACCAGUAGUGAAACUCCAACCACUGCCACGGCAGCAACAACAGCUACUGAGUCCACAACCACCACUAUAGCAACCAGUAGUGAAACUCCAACCACUGCCACGACAGAAACAACAGCUACUGAGUCCACACCCACCACUAUACCAACCAGUAGUGAAACUCCAACCACUGCCACGGCAGCAACAACAGCUACUGAGUCCACAACCACCACUAUAGCAACCAGUAGUGAAACUCCAACCACUGCCACGACAGAAACAACAGCUACUGAGUCCACAACCACCACUAUAGCAACCAGUAGUGAAACUCCAACCACUGUCACGACCGCAACAACUGCAGAGUCUACAGCCACCACUAUAGCAACCAGUAGUGAAACUCCAACCACUGCCACAACAGCAACAACAGCUGCUGAGUCCACCCCCACCACUAUAGCAACCAGUAGUGAAACUCCAACCACUGCCACAACAGAAACAACAGCUACUGAGUCCACACCCACCACUAUAGCAACCAGUAGUGAAACUCCAACCACUGCCACAACAGCUACAACAACUGCAGAGUCUACAGCCACCACUAUAGCAACCAGUAGUGAAACUCCAACCACUGCCACAACAGCAACAACAGCUGCUGAGUCCACACCCACCACUAUAGCAACCAGUAGUGAAACUCCAACCACUGCCACAACAGAAACAACAGCUACUGAGUCUACAGCCACCACUAUAGCAACCAGUAGUGAAACUCCAACCACUUCCACAACAGAAACAACAGCUACUGAGUCCACAGCCACCACUAUAGCAACCAGUAGUGAAACUCCAACCACUGCCACAACAGCAACAACAGCAGAGUCUACAGCCACCACUUUAGCAACCAGUAGUGAAACUCCAACCACUGCCACGACCGCAACAACAGCUACUGACUCCACAACCACCACUAUAGCAACCAGUAGUGAAACUCCAACCACUGCCACGACAGAAACAACAGCUACUGAGUCCACACCCACCACUAUACCAACCAGUAGUGAAACUCCAACCACUGCCACGGCAGCAACAACAGCUACUGAGUCCACAACCACCUCUAUAGCAACCAGUAGUGAAACUCCAACCACUGCCACGGCAGCAACAACAGCUACUGAGUCCACAGCCACCACUAUAGCAACCAGUAGUGAAACUCCAACCACUGCCACAACAGCAACAACAGCUGCAGAGUCUACAGCCAACACAAAAGCAACCAGUAGUGAAACUCCAACCACUGCCACGACAGAAACAACAGCUACUGAGUCCACAACCACCACUAUACCAACCAGUAGUGAAACUCCAACCACUGCCACGGCAGCAACAACAGCUACUGAGUCCACAGCCACCACUAUAGCAACCAGUAGUGAAACUCCAACCACUGCCACAACAGAAACAACAGCUACUGAGUCUACAGCCAUCACUAUAGCAACCAGUAGUGAAACUCCAACCACUGCCACAACAGAAACAACAGCUACUGAGUCCACAACCACCACUAUAGCAACCAGUAGUGAAACUCCAACCACUGCCACAACAGCUACAACAACUGCAGAGUCUACAGCCACCACUGUAGCAACCAGUAGUGAAACUCCAACCACUGCCACAACAGCAACAACAGCUGCUGAGUCCACACCCACCACUAUAGCAACCAGUAGUGAAACUCCAACCACUGCCACAACAGAAACAACAGCUACUGAGUCCUCAACCGCCACUAUCGCAACCAGUAGUGAAACUCCAACCACUGCCACAACAGCAACAACUGCAGAGUCUACAGCCACCACUAUAGCAACCAGUAGUGAAACUCCAACCACUGCCACGACAGCAACAACAGCUGCUGAGUCCACACCCACCACUAUAGCAACCAGUAGUGAAACUCCAACCACUGCCAGGACAGAAACAACAGCUGCUGAGUCUACAGCCACCGCUAGAGCAACCAGUAGUGAAACUUCAACCACUGCCACGACAGCAACAACAGCUGCAGAGUCUACAGCCACCACAAAAGCAACCAGUAGUGAAACUCCAACCACUGCCUCGGCAGCAACAACAGCUACUGAGUCCACAGCCAUCACUAUAGCAACCAGUAGUGAAACUAAAAGCACCGCCACGACAGAAACAACAGCUACUGAGUCUACAGCCACCACUAUAGCAACCAGUAGUGAAACUCCAACCACUGCCACAACAGAAACAACAGCUACUGAGUCCACAACCACCACUAUAGCAACCAGUAGUGAAACUCCAACCACUGCCACGACCGCAACAACUGCAGAGUCUACAGCCACCACUAUAGCAACCAGUAGUGAAACUCCAACCACUGCCACAACAGCAACAACUGCAGAGUCUACAGCCACCACUAUAGCAACCAGUAGUGAAACUCCAACCACUGCCACAACAGCAACAACAGCUGCAGAGUCCACACCCACCACUAUAGCAUCCAGUAGUGAAACUCCAACCACUGCCACAACAGAAACAACAGCUACUGAGCCCACAACCACCACUAUAGCAACCAGUAAUGAAACUCCAACCACUGCCACAACAGAAACAACAGCUACUGAAUCCUCAACCGCCACUAUAGCAACCAGUAGUGAAACUCCAACCACUGCCACAACAGCAACAACUGCAGAGUCUACAGUCACCACUUUAGCAACCAGUAGUGAAACUCCAACCACUGCCACGACAGAAACAACAGCUACUGAGUCUACAGCCACCACUAUAGCAACCAGUAGUGAAACUCCAACCACUGCCACAACAGAAACAACAGCUACUGAGUCCACAACCACCACUAUAGCAACCAGUAGUGAAACUCCAACCACUGCCACAACAGCAACGACAACUGCAGAGUCUACAGCUACCACUAUAGCAACCAGUAGUGAAACUCCAACCACUGCCAUAACAGCAACAACAGCUGCUGAGUCCACACCCACCACUAUAGCAACCAGUAGUGAAACUCCAACCACUGCCACAACAGCAACAACAACUGCAGAGUCCACACCCACCACUAUAGCAACCAGUAGUGAAACUCCAACCACUGCCAUAACAGCAACAACAGCUGCUGAGUCCACACCCACCACUAUAGCAACCAGUAGUGAAACUCCAACCACUGCCACAACAGCAACAACAACUGCAGAGUCCACACCCACCACUAUAGCAACCAGUAGUGAAACUCCAACCACUGCCACAACAGAAACAACAGCUACUGAGUCCUCAACCGCCACUAUAGCAACCAGUAGUGAAACUCCAACCACUGCCACAACAGAAACAACAGCUACUGAGUCCACAACCACCACUAUAGCAACCAGUAGUGAAACUCCAACCACUGCCACAACAGAAACAACAGCUACUGAGUCCACAACCACCACUAUAGCAACCAGUAGUGAAACUCCAACCACUGCCACAACAGAAACAACAGCUACUGAGUCCACAACCACCACUAUAGCAACCAGUAGUGAAACUCCAACCACUGCCACAACAGCAACAACAGCUGCUGAGUCCACACCCACCACUAUAGCAACCAGUAGUGAAACUCCAAUCACUGCCAAGACAGAAACAACAGCUGCAGAGUCUACAGCCACCACUAUAGCAACCAGUAGUGAAACUCCAACCACUGCCACGACCGCAACAACUGCAGAGUCUACAGUCACCACUAUAGCAACCAGUAGCGAAACUUCAACCAUUAUCAUGACAGCAGCAACAGCUGCUAAGUCCACAACCGCCACUAUAGCAACUAGUAGUGAAACUCCAACCACUGCCACGACAGAAACAACAGUUGCGGAGUCCACAACCACCACUAUAGCAACCAGUAGUGAAACUCCAACCACUGCCACAACGGCAACAACAGCUGCUGAGUCUACAGCCACCACUAUAGCAACCAGUAGUGACAUUCCAACCACAAUCUCGACAGCAACAACAGCUGCUGAGUCCAGAACCACCACUAUAGCAACCAGUAGUGAAACCCCAACCACUACCACGACAGCAACAACAGCUGCUGAGUCCACACCCACCACUAUAGCAACCAUAGCAACAUCAGGAGCCAGUACAGCCCUCGGAUACAGUACAACUCCAGGAACCAGUACAACAUCUACAUUCAGUACGACUCCAGAAGCCAGUACAACACCUGGAUCCAGUCCAACUCCAGAAGCCAGUACAACACCUAAAUCCAGUUCAGCCCCCGAGUCCAGUACAACACCCGGAUCCAGUACAACAUCUGGAUUCAGUAUGACUCCAGAAGCCAGUACAACACCUGGACCCAGUAAAACUCCAGAAGUCAGUACAACACCUGGAUCCAGUACAACUCAGGAAGCCAGUACAACUCCAGGAACUAGUACAACAAAUGAAUUCAGUAGAACUCCAGAAGCCAGUACAACACCUGGAUCCAGUACAACACCAGGAACCAGUACACCUGGAUCAAGUCCAACACCUGGAUCCAGUACAGCUCCAAGAACAAUUACAACACCUGGAUCCAGUACAACUCCAGAAGCCAGUACAGCACCUCAAUCCAUUAUAAUUCCAGAAACCAGUUCCCCUGGAUCCAGUACAACACUCAAUACGACUCCAGAAGCCAGUACAACACCUGGAUCCAGUACAACUCCAGAAACCAGUACAACACCUGGAUCCAGCACAACUUCAGGAACUAAUACAACACAUGGAACCAGUACAUCUGGAUUUAGCACAACUUUAGGAACCAGUACAACACAUGGAUCUAGUCCAACACCUGGAUCCAGUACAGCUCCAGGAAUGAUUACAACACCUGGAUCCAGUGCAACUCCAGCAGCCAGUACAACACCUAGAUCCAGUACAACUCCAGAAGCCAGUACAACACCUCAAUCCAGUUCAACUCCAGAAACCAGUACCUCUGGAUCCAGUACAUCUCCAGGAACCAGUACAACACCUGGAUUCAGUAUUACUCCAGGAGCCAGCACAACACCUGGAUCCAGUACAGCCCCCGGAUCCAGUACAACACCUGUAUUCAGUACGACUCCAGAAGCCAGUACAACACCUAUAUCCAGUACAACUCCAGAAGCCAGUACAACACCUGAAUCCACAACCGCCACUAUAGCAACUAGUAGUGAAACUCCAACCACUGCCAUGACAGCAACAACAGCUGCCGAGUCUACAGCCACCACUAUAGCAACCAGUAGCGAAACUUCAACCACUAUCAUGACAGCAACAACAGCUCCUGAGUCAACAACCGCCACUAUAGCAACCAGUAGUGAAACUCCAACCACUGCCACGACAGCAACAACAGCUGCUGAGUCCAGAACCACCACUAUAGCAACCAGUAGGGAAUCCCCAACCACUACCACGACAGCAACAACAGCUGCUGAGUCCACACCCACCACUAUAGCAACCAUAGCAACAUCUGGAUCCGGUUCAGCCCCCGGGUCCAGUACAACUCCAGGAACCAGUACAACAUCUACAUUCAGUAUGACUCCAGAAGCCAGCACAACACUUGAAUCCAGUACAGCCCCCGGAUCCAGUACAACAUCUGUAUUCAGUACGACUCCAGAAGCCAGUACAACAACUAUAUCCAGUACAACUUCAGAAGCCAGUACAACACCUGAAUCCAGUACAACUCCAGGAACUAGAACAACAAAUGAAAUCAGUACACCUCCAGAAACCAGUACAAUACAUGGGACCAGUAUAUCUGGAUCCAGUACCACUCCAGCCAGUAGUACAACACUUGGAUCCAGUACAACUCCAGAAACCAGUACCCUUGGAUCCAGUACAUCUCCAGGAACUAGUACAACACCUGGAUUCAGUACAACUCCAGAAGUCAGUACAACACCUGGAUCCAGUACAGCCCCCGGAUACAGUACAACAUCUGGAUUCAGUACGACUCCAGAAGCCAGUACAACACCUGGAUCCAGUACAACUCCAGGAACAAGUUCAACACCUGGAUCCAGUACAACUCCAGAAACCAGUACAACACCUGGAUCCAGGACAACUCCAGGAGCCAGUACAACACCUGGAUCCAGAACAAUUCCAGGAACUAGUGCAACAAAUGAAUCCAGUACAACUCCAGAAACCAGUAUAACACCUGGAUCCAGUACAACUCCAGGAACUAGUACAACACCUGGAUCCAGUACAACUCCAGGAACUAGUACAACACCUGGAUCCAGUACAACUCCAGGAACUAGUACAACACCUGGAUCCAGUACAACUCCAGGAACUAGUGCAGCAAAUGAAUCCAGUACAACUCCAGGCAGCAGUACAACACCUGGAUCCAGUACAACUCCAGAAGCCAGUACAACACCUGGAUCUAGUACAACACCUGGAUCCAGUACAACUCUAGAAGGCAGUACAACACCUGGAUCCAGUACAACUCCAGGAACUAGUACAACACAUGGAAUCAGUACAUCUGGAUUUAGUACAACUCCAGGAACCAGUACAAUACAUGGAUCUAGUCCAACACCUGGAUCCACUACAGCUACAGGAAUGAUUACAACACCUGGAUCCAGUGCAACUCCAGCAACCAGUACAACACCUCAAUCCAGUUCAACUCCAGAAACCAGUACUCCUGGAUCCAGUACAUCUACAGGAACCAGUACAACACCUGGAUUCAGUACAACUCCAGAAGCCAGAACACCUGGAUCCAGUACAGCCCCCGGAUCCAGUAUAACAUCUGGAUUCAGUACGACUCCAGAAGCCAGUACAACACCUGUAUCCAGUACAACUCCAGAAACCAGUACAACACAUGGAUCCAGUACAACUCCAGGAGCCAGUACAGCCCCUGGAUCCAGUACAACAUCUGGAUUCAGUACGACUCCAGAAGCCAGUACAACACCUGGAUCCAGUACAACUCCAGAAACCAGUACAACACCUGGAUCCAGUACAACUCCAGGAACUAAUACAACACCUGGAUCCAGUACAACUCCAGGAGCCAGUACAACACCUGGAUCCAGAACAAUUCCAGGAACUAGUGCAACAAAUGAAUCCAGUACAACUCCAGGCAGCAGUACAACACCUGGAUCCAGUACAACUUCAGGAACUAGUACAACACAUGGAACCAGUACAUCUGGAUUUAGUACAACUCCAGGAACCAGUACAACACAUGGAUCUAGUCCAACACCUGGAUCCACUACAACUCCAGGAAUGAUUACAACACCUGGAUCCAGUGCAACUCCAGCAGCCAGUACAACACCUGGAUCCAGUACAACUCCAGAAGCCAGUACAACACCUCAAUCCAGUUCAACUCCAGGAGCCAGUACCCCUGGAUCCAGUACAUCUCCAGGAACCAGUACAACACCUGGAUUCAGUACAACUCCAGAAGCCAGAACACCUGGAUCCAGUACAGCCCCCAGAUCCAGUACAUCUGGAUUCAGUACGACUCCAGAAGCCAGUACAACGCCUGGAUCCAGUACAACUCCAGAAACCAGUACAACACCUGGAUCCAGUACAACUCCAGGAGCCAGUACAACAUCUGGAUCCAGUACAGCCCCCAGAUCCAGUACAACGUCUGGAUUCAGUGCAACUCCAGAAGCCAGUACAACACCUGGAUCCAGUUCAACUCCAAAAACCAGUACAACACCUGGAUCCAGUACAACUCCCGGAGCCAGUACAACACCUGGAUCCAGUACAAUUCCAGGAACUAGUGCAACGAAUGAAUCCAGGACAACUCCAGGCAGCAGUACAACACCUGGAUCCAGUUCAACUCCAAAAACCAGUACAACACCUGGAUCCAGUACAACUCCCGGAGCCAGUACAACACCUGGAUCCAGUACAAUUCCAGGAACUAGUGCAACGAAUGAAUCCAGGACAACUCCAGGCAGCAGUACAACACCUGGAUUCAGUACAACUCCAGAAGCCAGUACAACACCUGGAUCUAGUACAAUGCCAGAAACCAGUACAACACCUGGAUCUAGUACAGCUCCAGGAACGAUUACAACACCUGGAUUCAGUACAGCUCCAGAGGCCAGUACAACACCAGAAACCAGUACACCUGGAUCCAGUACAUCUCCAGGAACCAGUACAACACCUGGAUCCAGUACAAUGCCAGGAGCCAGUACAACACCUGGAUCUAGUCCAACACCUAUAUCCAGUACAUCUCCAGGAACCAGUACAACUCCAGGAACCAGUACAACAAAUGAAUCCAGUACAACCCCAGAAGCCAGUGCAACACAUGGAACCAGUACACCUGGAUUUAGUACAACACCUGGAUCCAGUACAACUCCAGGAACCAGUACAACACCUGGAUCCAGUACAACUCCAGAAGCCAGAACAACAACCGGAUCCAGUACUACUCCAGGAACCAGUACAACACCUGGAUCCAGUACAACUACAGAAGCCAGUAUAACACCUGAAUCGACUACAACACCUGGAUCUAGUACAACUCCAAAAGCCAGUACAACACCUGGAUCCAGUACAAAUCCAGAAACCAGCACAACAUCUGGAUUCAGUGCAGCUCCAGCAGCCAGUACAACACCUCAAUCCAGUAUCACUCCAGAAACCAGUACCCAUGGAUCCAGUAUAUCUCCAGGAACCAGCACAACACCUGGAUUAAGUUCAUCUCCAGAAACCAGUACAACACCUGGAUCUAGUCCAACACCUGAAUCCAGUACAACUCCAGGAGCCAGUACAACACCUGAAUCCAGUACAACUCCAGUAGCCAGUACAACACCUGGAUCCAGUACAACACCUGGAUCCAGUACAACUCCAGGAACCAGUACACCACCUGGAUCCAGUACAACUCCAGGAGCCAGUACAACACCUGGAUCCAGUACAACUCCAGGAGCCAGUACAACACCUGGAUCCAGUACAACUCCAUUAACUAGUACAACACCUGAACCCAGUACAACUCCAGUAGCCGGUACAACACUUCAAUCCAGUACAACUCCAGGAACCAGUACAACUCCAGAAGCCAGUACAACAUCCAGGUCCAAUACAACACCUGGAUCCAAUACAAUACCUGGAACCAGUACAACUCCAGGAACCAGUACAACAUUUGGAUCCAGUACCACUCUGGAAGCCAGUACAAUUCCUUUAUCCAGUACAACUCCAGAAGCCAGUACAACACCAAACACCAGUACAACAUCUGGAACCAGCACAACUCCAGGAACCGGUACAGCACCUGGAUCUAGUACAACACUUGGAUCGAGUACAGCAGUAUCGGGAGCAAGCACAACUUCUGCCAAUACAACUGUAGCCAGUGCAACAUCGCAAAACACUACUACACAAGCACAAACUGUUGGAAGUGGUAUAUCUGGAUCUAUCCCAGGUUAUGCUAUUGCUCUCAUUGCAGUGAUAGCUGUUGUGAUGGUUGCCAUACCCAUAGUGGCAUAUCUGGUAGCCAAAUUGGGAUUUUUUGCCACCUUCGUUCCAAGAGAGGUCCCGUUAUAUAACUUUCCAGAGACUGGAAUGAGGCUGCGACAUUUCGAACUGCGAAUGCCAACAUCCAGGACUGGAAGGUAUAAUCUACCCAGAUAGACCAACCUACUAGCCCAAGACCACCGGCCUCAUCGGAAUACUCUGGGAGAAAUCAGAAUGUCUGAACUUUAUCCGGGGGCCACGUGCAAAAAGAAACUGUUAUACUGUCAUCCCUUAGCCACCCUGCAGGGGUCACCAAUAAUGAAGCCAUGUGGUGGAUCUGUUUACAAUUCUGUCAUCCCUGCUGGAAUUCCGGCACACCGGACAUAUUUAUGAAAAAUGGAAAUGCACUGAACUUUACCUCCUACGCCACUCUUUGCGGUGGAAAAAGACUCAUGUAUAUCAGUACAGACGGAAUCUGUCUAAUUACUCAGCCUGGUUGAGAUCCAGGGCACCGCUAGGAACAGCUUGACGUGUUUUUCCAGCCAAAAAAAUUAUAAGCUAUCCUUGGCAAACUUUUGUGUACACUGACAGUAUGCUCAUUGUUGAAAGCCUUAAUAUGUUUACCUGGUGAUCCUGUCCCCCCCCCCAAUCUGAAUUAUUAUCCUGUCCUCGUAUGACAACGCGUUUCAGCUGCUCUGCAAAGGAAUGCAGCUCUGCCCUAUACAUAAAAGCACAAAGCAGUCUCCAGCUUUCUUUUUUUUAUAAUUCUUUACAAUAUAAAAACAAUUCUGGGGGUUGGCAAGGACCCAUUACCUCCCCGUAAUUAAUUUUUUUUUUUUAAAAGCUCAUGGCGUGUGAAACACACUCAAAAACCUCACCCGGUGCCAAAAAAAUGUGCACAACAUAAAGAGGUGACACAAAAAACAUGCAACGAAUGUACACAAGUCCUCUAAAAUCAGAGGGCCUUGCCCUGAAUCCCCCUGGGGGCAUUAGGCUCCAGAUGGGGACAAGGAUACUUUACGCUUGGUCCAUCUGGCCGAAACAAGACAGACCCCUUUCUCUGGAGGGUCUGCCGAAAGAGACCCACCCAAAAAUUCUGGGGGUUGGCAAGGACCCAUUACCUCCCCGUAAUUCAUUUUUUGUAAUUUAUUUUUUAAAGCUCAUGGCGUGUGAAGCACACUCAAAAACUUCACCCGGUGCCAAAAAAAUUUGCACAACAUAAAGAGGUGACACAAAAAACGCGCAACGGGUGUACAAAAGCCCUCUAAAAUCAGAGGGCCUUGCCCUGAAUCCCCCCGGGGCAUUAGGCUCCAGAUGGGGACAAGGAUACUUUACACUUGGUCCAUCUGGCCGAAACCAGACAGACCCCUUUCUCUGGAGGGUCUGCCGAAAGAGACCCACCCAAAAAUUCUGGGGGUUGGGAAGGACCCAUUACCUCCCCGUAAUUCUUUUUUUUUUAAAGCCGAAAGAGACCCACCCAAGUACUAGGUGGGGCUCCCCCCGAAGGGAGACCCCAUGAGAGAGGGCAAACCAAGCCAGAAGGCCAUGUCCACCCCCUCCCAAGACUUUUUAAGGCGGGCCUGAAGACCGGCACCCUACCAGUCACACAAGUGCAAAAACCUGCCCGUAAUUGACGUGUAGACUGUGAUUGAUGGGUUAUAGAGCCCCAGAUUAGGGUGUGCCAAGGCACAUUCGGCACACCCUGUGCGCAUGCCUAUGAACCUGGGUGCCUAUGGACAGUUAGGAGCAGUGGUUCUUUUUCAGGUGGCAGUAAAUGCCUUAUUUAUGCACUUUUUCUUUCUAUUAAGGUCAUACGCCUAUUGCAGGGAAAAAAGCCUAAAAAAAAAACGAAUGCAGCCAAUGAUCGGUAUUCUGAUAUACGUAUUUUUUCCUUUUUAAUGUAACACAAUGCUGCCUAACUAUAAUACUCAUUUAUUGAAUGUGUUUACUUAGCGAAUGUAUUUUUAUUUAUUUUUUAAAGCUUGACUUUAUUUUUAUAUAUAUAUUUUAUACCAUGUAUCUUUGUGAAAUUAUGGGAACAUGUCUGGACAUGGCACCCGAUAUUUAUGAUGAUUAAUCUUAUUUAUAGCAAAUUUUAUUCCUAAUAAAGUGAAAUAAUAUUAAA